AAGCUCGAGCAAACACACGAGCGGCCAUUGACAACCUGCAGCUCCGAACAGGUGAGUACUGCCCACUGUGACCUGACCUCAGCCAAUAGGAUGAGAGAAGCCGAGGAGGCAGACGGCCAGGUGGCAGUGCUAAGUGCGGAGCCUCUGGAGCUUGACUGUAAAAUCUGCUACAGUCGCUAUGACGCUACCGGCAGGAGACCCAAGGUACUGCAGUGUCAGCACCGUGUGUGCGCCACCUGUAUGCAUCGACUGCUCCUGCAGGCAGGGGAUGUGUUGCUGGUGGUUACGUGUCCAUUCUGUCGACAGGAAACGCAGAUCCGACACAACGAGCUAUGGUUGAUGGAGGAGGACACGCACAUCCUCUCAGUUCUCAUCAGAGACCAGUUUCAGAGGAAGACCCGGAUCCCGACCCGACUUUCGGCCAGGAUCCCAACCCAAACUGAGAGUGGGUCUGAGACUAGGACUGAGAGCGGGUCUGAGACCAGGACUGAGAGUGGGUCUGGAGAGGUCCUACUAAGCCCCACCUCCCUCUCAGACUCGGACUGUCUUCUCAUCACUGUCCUGGAAGUUCCUGAUGAGUCUAGCUCAUCUCUGAGUGUGCUCAGUGCGAUCUACCGGCCUCCAGGCUCCGCUCACUCCUACCUGCCCAAGAGCCACACCUGGACGAGUCGCAGUGUGCCACGUUGCCUGCUGGGGGCUCUCUGCAUGGUGUACUUCUCCUCCCUGCCUCUGGGAAUAUACCUCCUGAUGACUGCUCGGCUGUGGUUGGGUGUGGCCUUGGUGAGUCUUGUUCCUCUGACUCUUCUUGCUCUGGUGGUGUACGGCUUCUGUCAGUGUCUGAUUCAGGAGGCGGUGGAUGCCGCGCACAGACUCCAAACUGGCCACCAAAACACGGCGUCUCCAUGACAGCAACAUGUCCACUGCAACAUACAGUCUCCAUGACAACAGAGAGGCAGGAAAACCAACAUCAGCAACACAUAACACUGAGGAGAGAAGCACUGUCCUGUUUGACCUGUCUCCAUGACAACAACAUGGCCGUAGCAUGCCGUCUCCAUGACAACAACAAGGCUGCCACCUCACGCCGUCUCCAUGACAACAACAUGGCCGCUGCUGUUGCACGCCGUGUCCAUGACAACAGAGGAAACCAAACUUUGACCCUGAGGUCAGCUGUGAGCACUCUGCACUUUUCACCUUUAAACUGCUUUAAACCUACUGAUUUUAUUAAAGGGACAAGUCACAGCAGGUUGAGCAAAUGUGUAACCAGGAGGUUUGUGGUCAGAUCCCAGCUGUACCCAGUUACAGUGUCAGAGGCUUUCCACCUGUGGGACCAUUGUCACCCUCCUCCUCUGAGCCAA